ACUAUCUGGUGAUAGUACUCUGCUAAAAAUUUUUUUUGAGUGGACUGGGGAGAUGACAACCUCAUUUACUCUUGCGCAAGUGAAGCUGAGUUUGGGGUUCGUGUUCUAUAGAUAACUGAAUAUAUCAGUGUGUAAUAUAUUUUUACAUUAAAUAAUCUUGCACUAUCCCUAGCAAUUUCACUGUAGUGUUUAAGAAAAUUCACUAAUUCAAUGCACAGAUAUAAUAUUUAUAAAACCUAAUUUUUAUAAUUGAAAAAAUAUUUCUAAUUAUUCAGAUUAAACCCAGAAGGUGGUAUUAUUGAUUUUUCUUCAGCUCUUUUAAUUAUUUCUUUUAUAAACAAGGAUUUGAAACACUGAAACUAUUGAGUUGUUAAUGCAAUAUUUUUUUAAUGCACUGAAGUAGCUAGAACAAGAAUACAAAAUGAAAAAAAUGUUGAAAUUAGUUAAAGGGGGGAAGAGAGAAGACAAAAGUGGUGCCAAUACACCUUCAGGUGAUGAGCUUGACGAUGAAUUAGAAAGUUCUAAAUACUGCUAUAAAAUCGAUUCAGACGUUGAAGACAAAAUGAGUAGGUUACACAAAGCUGCUUGGCAUGGAAGCUUGGAUAAAGUGAAAACUUUAGUACUUAAAAAAGCAGCAGAUAUAAGUAGUACUGAUAGUUUUGGUCGAACACCACUUCACUUAGCCAUGGCAAAAGGUUAUUAUAAUAUUGCUUGGGUGCUGUUGAACCAUAACGCUAACUUAGAAUGUAUUGAUUGUGAUGGGUAUACACCAUUCUUAAAGGCUGUAGAAUGUGGGCAAAAAGAAUGUGUGCAACUAAUUUUGGAAAGAGGUGCUGAUGUAACUUGCACAGACACUAAUAAAAAUACUGCUUUACAUUUAGCUACUAAACAAGGAUCAUUUACUAUGAUAUCUAUGCUUCUUAAAAAAGGAAUCAGUAUAAAUGCACAAAAUGCUGCAGGAGAGUCAGUUUUACAUGUAGCCUGUUCUACAGAGAAACGUAAUUUAAUAGAAUUUAUAAUUGACAAUGGAGCUUUUGUAAACAUAAUAGACAAACAAGGACAGACUCCUUUGAUGUUAGUUGCUAAGCUUGGUAAUAUGUCUAUAAUUGAUUUAUUACUAGAAAAAGGAAGUCAUCUUGAAUCAUAUGAUAUAAAUGGGCUUACAGCCAAAGAUUAUGCUUCUAAAGCAGGACACUCUAAAGUUGUGAAGCAGCUUUCAAUGCAAAAAAUGAGUAUUAUGGCUAGAACUAGGUCAAAAGAAAAUGUUUUGGAUGAUUCAGAUCAAGUUGAAAAAUUGUCAGUCAAAGAGGAACAAAAGAUAAAUGACAAUUUUUGUAACGAAAAAUCAACUUCUAAGGAAAAUAUUAAUGAAACUCAUAAUGAUGGAAAAAGUAAUAGUGUAACCGAUAAUGUGAUUCAUAUUUUUACUAACCAUGGAGGUAAAAAAAGUGUACUAAAUGAACUGAUGGAUAUUAAAGAAAAAUAUUUAACUAGUAAUGAUGUAGAAAAUAAUAGUAUGACCAUUAAUGAAAUUCAUAAUUUUGUUACACCCGAUAGUAAAAAAAUUAUCUCAAACGAACAAAAUGAUUUUGAAGGAAAAGUUAUAACUAAUAAUAUUAUGCCAUUAAAAGAUGAAGAAUCAGUUUCUCAGUGUACAAUGCCACCACCUAUGGAUCCAUCUAGGAGCUGGGAUUUUAUUCAAGCUAGUAUUAAACCGACUGAUGAAAUUAAUGAUAAGGUUGAUGUAGAAAUUGAAGAAAAUAAUAGUCAAAUUCCUAAACCACUUGUUUGCCCAUCGAAUCCUGAUGAUUCUGAAUUGGAAUGGGGAAGUGAUGAAAGUCUACCUACUGAUCCAAACCAAUCAUGUUCCAAUAUUGACUUAAAAAGUGUUAGCAAAAAGGUAAAUACACUUUACAGUAUAGUUACAGAAGCGUCAUUAAUGAGUAAAAAUAAAGAUAUAGUUUUAAACUCAGCAGAAAAUAUUAUAGAAAAUACUCUCCCUAAUAGUAUUAAACAUGUAAGAAAUAAAUCUAAUACUUCAUUAGAGACUGCUAAGUUAACUAUACCAUCAGAUGUAGAUAAAGCUUUGCUUCAACUUAGUCCGGAGAUGAAUUUUGCUCAUUCAUCAUUUGGAAAAAGUAAAUCAUUUAAUGAACAUGUUUCUAUUGAAACUCCUGAAAUUUUACAAGAACUUGAGCGCUCAAAAUCAUUAUGUUUAGAGUUAAAAAUUGAUGAUUCUGAUAAUCUACAGAAAGAUUCUGACAGUCAAAGUGAUGAUAGUUUACGUUCCAAACGAAGUCUUCUAUUAUCAAUGAGAAUGCCUAAAGUGCAUGAUGAUAAUCAUGAUGAAGUACACUUAGAUAUUAAAGAUAAUGAGACCUCUGAAGAUGAAAGUCUUCAUUACUGGUAUAGUCCUCAUAAAAAGUGCGAUAAAAUUGUACAGCAAGAUACAGUAAUUAAAAAAAAUAGUAAAUCUGACAACAGUGGGUCUGAAGAAGAAAUUGAUUUGGUUGAACCUCAACAAGGUGGUGAAUCAACUAAAAGUAGUAAUGAAUCGGAAAAUUCUGACUCAGAAAAUAUUAUAUCUUUUUCUACUAGUCAUGAAGAUAUUUAUGGAACUCACCAGCGUACUAGAUAUGCUUUGAAGAGGACUGAAUCAUUAAAAGCUUAUUUGAAACGAGUCACCAUUGAUAAAGAUAAGUUACAACAAGAAACUGCUGGAUAUAAGGAAAUAACAGAACUUCUUAAAUAUAAACUAGGAAACCUUGAACAAGAAAUGUCUUUUCAAAAUGAAAACACAACGAGACUACAAAGUCAAAUAAAAGAGUUGGACAUUAAAUACACUGAUGCAUUAAAUAAAAUUGAAUCACUUGAAUUGUCAAAUAAAAAUUUAGUUGUUGAAAAUCAAUACUUAAAGCAAAUCAACUCAGAGCUCAUAGAGCAAUUGGACAAUGGAAGCAAAUACCAAAAUGAAGAUUUAGUUGAUCCGGAACUCUCAUCUAUUAAAAAAUUACAAGCAAUUAUUAAAAUGGAACAAGAUAAACGAACAGAACUCGAGCAAAAAGUUAAAUUAUUAGCUGUUGAUGUUAAUAUUCAUCAAUCAUGUGGUCCAUCUUUAGAAUUAUUGAAACAGUUGCAACAAAAAAUUAAUAUAGACUAUGUACCAAAAAAAGAAAUCCUUAAAUUAAAAACAGAACAAGAAAGAAAAAUAAGUAAAGUGAAAAUUGAAUCUGAAAAAAAAUUGGCUGAUAAAUUUCAAGAUCUCAAUAAACUCUUAUCUAAACAGAUGAAUCAACAAGAAAAACUUGAAUUACAACGAGAAAAAAUAGAAAUUCAGUUAAAAAAGGAAUUUGAAAAUACACGACAAAAAUUUCAACUUGAAAUUGCUAAACUACAAACAACUCUUAAAACUAAAGAAAUGGAGGAACAAAUCUUAAGAGAAAAAUGUGAGAUAUUAUCACAAGAAAUUGAAAAGACUCAGGAUUGCCAAAUGAGAAAUUUAAUUGAAAAAACAUACAGUGUCCCCAUAAAUCUUUCAGAAAUACCCACUCAAUCAUGUUCAACACUAGAACCUAAUUCUACUUUUGAGAAAAGUGACAGUCCAGAUAAAAGAGUUCAAUGUAAUGUUCAAAAGCUCAGAACUGAAUUAGAUAACACAAUAGCACAAAAAAUCAAUGAUGUUCUAAACAGUGAUCAUAUAUUUUUGGAAAAAUAAACAGUAAAACUCAAUUUGUUAAUUUUUUUGAGGGCUUAUGUAUAGUUUGUUACUUAGUGUCAAUAUAAUUUUAUAUUAUUAAUUUUAAAAUUGAUUGGUACAUUACCCAUUAAAUAUUUAUAAUUUAAUGUAUUAAAUUUAAAUAAUAUGCAUAUACAGAAUAGCCCAAAUUGUUCUAACAAAUUUUAUAACUUUUGAUUUAUAGAAUAUAUUUUAUUACUUUAUUUUAUAAAUAAUUUUUACAGUUUUGGACUACAUUGAAAGCAUAUAUUUUAUUAUUUGUCUCUAAUAAAAAAAACUCUUUUUUUAACAUAUUCCAAAACUAUGAAAAUUAUUAAAAAAAGAAAGUAACAAAAUAUAUAUUGUGUGAUAGAAUUUGUUAAAACAGGCUAGGACACCUGUAUGGACACUGUACAUUUAUGAAACAGUUUGUGCAUAGUGGUAGAAAUUAACAUGACAUCUAUGAUUGAUCAAAUUUCAUGAGUAGUAUAGAAUAUUUGUAUUCUUUUAAACAUCUAGAAUUAAGUUUUUUUUUUAAUUUUUCACAUCACUUUUUGGUUUAGAAUAGAAAAACAAACACAAAAGACUUUUAAAAAUGUAAUUCUAAAUAGUCUACCCUUUAUAACUUUUUAUGUUGAAUACUAUUGUUCAUUUAAAUUUUUUUAAUAAUUUUAAAACAUCUAUUAGUUAUUUAGCUAAUAGACGUUUUUGUAAAAUAUUCCUAGUUACCAUAUAUUCUUAUUAUAUUAUUUAUGUGCAUUUUACUACUUGAGUGUACUGUUCUCACAAAUGCACAGUGUCUAUGUGCAACUUUAGAUUUUUUAUGUUACAUUUAUAUUUAUUAUUAUGUUAUUAUGAAUUGGCUGUUUUUAUUUAAUAAUAAUAAAAAAAAAACCUUUUGUAUAAUAAAUGUUUUAAAUUUAAGUUCUAUCUCAUAUUUAAUUAUUUUUAAAUGUGUAGUUAAUUGAAACUAUGAAUAUAAAUUUGCAUUUUCUGUAAUAUUUUUUGCUAUACUAUUAUCCUAAUUUGUUGAAUAAAUUAAAUCAAUUUUAAACUAUUUGUUUAAAUUUUAUUUUAAAUAAAUUUUUCAGUAAUUUUACAAAUGUUUUUGAUUAAUCUCUUGUACUUCGUAUUAAUAUUAACAGUUAUCAAUACCUUAUAAUUUAUUUUUAAAUUUUAACAAUAGCUUGUUGCUAUACAGCCCAAUUUUAUUUUACUCAUAAAUAUUGUUCUAUUCAUGAUAGUUCAAAUAACAUAUUUUUGUUUUUUUGCUCAUUUUUUAUAAUUAAGAAUUAAUAAUUUACAUACUUGAGCAGAAUAUUUUCCUGAAUACCGUGGGAAUACUUUUUUAAAUAUUUAUUUGACCUAAAAAAAAAAUUAUUAACAAAUCUAAAUAAUGCAAUUUAUGUAGUCUUUAAUUCUUGAGGAUUUUAAGGGAUGUACAUAUAUUUUAAAUACCCACAUUUUAAUGUAAAAAUUAAUUUUUCAAGUACAAGUUUGGUAAUUUUGUAGUGAAGUAUUUAGUGUUUUUAUACUUCAUAAAAUAUUUAUUGGAAUACUAAAAAAAAAAAAAUAAUUUU